AAAUCCAAAAGAUGGAGCAAAAAGAGGUACUCAUUUGAGUAUGUUCAUCUUUCUCCCAUCGUGAUCCACUUUAGCUUCAGCCCACGUGGACCCUCCUCAAAAGGCGACAUGGUGGACUUGCUGUUGAAUUCCGUUGGAGCCACUCUCUCUGAAGUCAAGGACGUCGAAAUAAGGCUGGCCUUUUUCGAACGUCGGGGGUUUUCCGCUCAUCCACAGGAUUUACUGACAGACGUUCGAAGACACUACAGGUCUCAAGUUAUCCAGCAAAUCUACGUCUUAGUUUUAGGUUUAGACAUCUUGGGCAAUCCCUUCGGUUUGCUCAAAGACUUCACCAGAGGCCUCGGAGACUUCUUCUAUGAGCCGUAUUUGGGAUCCGUCAAAGGACCCGAUGAAUUUGCAGAAAGUUUAGCAAGAGGUGCCCAGAGUCUACUGGGACACGUCAUCGGAGGAUCUGCCGGAGCCAUUUCCCUAGUCACCGGAUCUAUUGGACAAACGCUAUCGGUCCUUACGUUUGAUGACGAUUAUAGAAAGAAGCGACAGCAGAGGUUGCAAUUGCAAACGCAUUCCCUCCCCGAUGCUUUGUGCACGGCUACUAAAAGCUUUAUAUUCGGAGUGGUUCUUGGUUUAUCGGGUAUCGUCGUCCAUCCCGUUACCGGUGGUCAACAAGAAGGCGUGGAAGGCUUUUUUCGCGGCAUCGGAAAAGGCUUACUAGGCCUUAUUACAAAGCCUGCAGGGGGUGUCAUGGACAUGGUGAGCAUGGCCUUUGAUGGUAUCAGGAGAGCUGCAGAAAUGGGAGAGAGAGUUGUUCUGAGAAUGCGCUUACCAAGAUACAUUAACCCUACUGAAGGCCUUCGACCUUAUUCCCCUUACCUAGCAUCUGGUUGUCACUUGAUGGAACAAGUCAGCAAGGGCCACUAUGCAGAAACAGAUAUCUACUGGGCGCAUGCGCCUCUUGAUGGGUCCAGAGUAGCCUUGCUGACAAAUAGGCAUAUGUUCCUUCUCGAAAAAGGCCGUUUCUGGGGUGGCUGGGAUAUCGAGUGGGUCGUCAGCGUAGACGAUGUUCUGACCGUUCCUCACAUACAAGGAAACAACCUAGUUAUCAAAGUGAAGCAGGAAGACUGGAUCCUCAAUUUUGCCGGAGACGAGCGCUACAUCCAAAAUGAUAACCCUCUGGUUCUGGAAUGGCUAAAGGAGAAGAUAGAAAAAGUGCUUCUCUUCAAUACAAGGGAAAAGCCUUGCCCUCUCUGAAAGAAACAACACUCAUAGAUGUAUAUUUUGGGUACAGAAAUACAGAAUAGGACUUGCUGCGAUCGUUGUUCGAUGCCCAGACCAAGCGUUAAAAACUCUACAGUGCUAGUAUUUUCUUUUUUUGCUUCAAUAGCGGACUGCUUUUUAUGGGUUCUUGAUGAUUAUCUUGCAAGUCAUUAUUUUCAUAGCUAGACAUAUAUUUAUUGAUUAGUAGUACCAGGGCCUGAUGGGGUUUCUAAUCGGUGGACAUUUUUCGAGUAACCCGUCUUUCGCCAAGGAAGCGAGGGUGUCGCUCCAUAAAGGCACAAGGUCAGCGGUACUUUUUGCUCGUUAUGCUGAUUGCUCGCAAAACAUAAGGAUACUUUGACAAAUAUGCAAGGGUGUGCCUGCACCUUUGCAUGGAGCUCCGUUCUGUGAAGAAGGCAUCUCAUCAAGGGCACUGGGACACUCAUUUGAAAGUUUUACUCUUGAAGGAUACAGCACCAACCUGCUUAAAGGUGCCAGCACUUUUCCAAGGUGACAGUCGCUGGAUAAGUUGGUCGACGUCGGGUUGGUCAAGCUGACGUGGGCAAAUUAAAAGGUACCUGCACCUUUUCCGAGUAAAUCAACACCAAGGAAAAAAGAGUCAUUUCAUAAAAUCAUGAAGAUGCCAAUACCUUUUCCCCGCUAUACUGAAUCCUCGACGAUGCGUAAGGGUGCCUUAACAUAUAGGCACAAAUGUGCCGACACCAUCGUAGAAUUCUGUAUCAUGAAGAAAGCACCUCAUAAAGGCUACAGGGACACCCAAUUGAGUCAACUGAGUCAGGCUGCAAAAAGUUAUAGGCAGCUUUUUCAGACGGCAGUCACUCGUGAAGCUCUGAGUGAGGGAAAGGUACCAGCACCCUUAUGGGAAUUUGACCAUGGGGCUUGAAGAGCCAGGUGGGCCGGACUAUGGUAUAGUGAAUAAAGCAGCCCUCAUCAAGGCUGCCGGAACACUCAGGUCUUGGAGAAGAGUUGCCUACUUGCAUAAAGGUGUCGGCUCUUUAUAACAUUUUAUGGAAUCAUCCGUGUCGGGAGGUACAUAAAAAUUCUUUGUUUUAUGCAUAUUGAGUAGAUCCAACAAUUAUGAAUUUUAGAAGUCAAACAACAAAAAUCAGCGUUAUAUUUUCAUAAGACUAGUUUCGAUGGUUUUACCGAACCAUCAUCCUCAGCUGUAAAACAUCAUCGACACUAGUCCUGUGAAAAUUUGAAAAUAUAACGCUGAUUUUUGCUGUUUGAUUUCUAAAUUAAUACUUGUUAGGUGUGUUAUUGUAUAUUAAUUAUAAAUUUGCUAUGAGUUAACGACGAUGGGGUUAAUAAGUCGAAACCAUCGAUAUCAGGUAACAAAGCAGCGUCACGGAUACCGCCACUUUGGGAAAUUUUUGGAUAACCCCAUCCGCCUCUGAUGACUAAGGAUUCUGUUUCGUACUACGUUUGGCCCAUUUGCUACAAAAACUCUAUACUGUCAAAAGAAAUUGCAUAGUUUAUCAAAAAUAUAUAGAAAAAGAAAUUGUUAAUUCAAUUUCAUGUAAUUCGACACAAAAAUUAUUUCAUACAGCGCUUUUGCAACAUAAUCGAAUAAAAUUAUCAUAGGGUUUCGCAUUUAAGGACUGAGGUAGGAAAGAAAUCCAUCACUCAUCAGUUUAAAUUAAAUGCAAAUGUAAUUCAUGCUAUUGUUGAGCAAUGUUAUAAUUAUUUAGUCCUCUAAGGCUGCUAUCACACGUCGGUUUGUUUCGGAAGAACAACUGUUUGGAACAAUUUUUCUGCUUUGUCACAACAGCCUAUCACCAUAGGUCACUGUGGGGUUAACACAGGAGAAAUUGGUUCCCCAUUAAGAGGUUAUCACACUUGGCUACAGUCCUGGCUAGACGGGACUUUUUUGAGAAACGAGUUUCUGAUGGCACUCAUUUAACCGGGAGGAUUCCUAAAAAAAAAAGAGCCCCGCCCGAAGCGAAGUCCUGCCUAACUACAGAAAUAAUGCUGCAGCUACGCGGGAUUUUUUCAAACCUUACUGAAAAUAUUUCGGCUGGACCUCUGUCCCGGGUAGAGACAACCAAUUGGACAAAAGAUCUGCUUCUGAAGCGUCACGUGAUCCCAAUCUGAGCGAUAAUUGAUUAGUAUUUGGCAUUCAAGUCUUUGUAGUAAGUGAAAACAGUAACCUAGCUACGUGGGUUUCCUGGAAUUGUGCGAGUUCUGAGAAUUGUCCCUUUCGACGUCAAGUCCCGCAUAGCCAAAGCACAAUGUGAUUGGGACAUUGCAAACAAGCUGAUAGCUGAUUGGUUGAAAUCAACGAACAACUUGCAAUUUUUUUGGAAAGGAAGGAAAAAGUCGCACUUCUUUCUUUCAAUAGUAAACCAGGCAGAAAAAUUGUCCGAAACAGUUGUUCGUGCGAAACAAACUGCUGUGUGAUAUGAGCCUAACUGUUCGAUAUAGUUAUCCGAAAUGCCAUCGCCACAGUAAAUUUCAAUUAUAUACAAACCUUAAUGUUUGCUGUCUGAUGAAAUAAAUGUCUGAUGUCCAGUUUUUUCUCAUCCCAGUCGAUGCCGUUAUUUUUAGAGAAUAUGACGCUAUAUUUAAAUGUAUUUCAUGUGAAAGAAAAAAUACGUGAAAAAUGGGAAACUGAUAAUUGCGAAAAUAAAAUCUGAUAAAGUAAUGUAUGCAUCAACGAGUGGUUAGCAGUCCAAAAUAUUAGAAGUAUGUUUACAUUACUAUGCUUUACAUUUGCAUCAGCCUAGUAACAUGUUUGAUGAGAGAUAAUUUCCUGAAUAUUUUCUAACACAGCUAUAAACUGUAUUUUCCAUGCUGUUUGACAUUCAACGUUUCAAGUUUGCAAUCAACAAACCUGCACAAUGGCCGCAGCAAGCCGUAUUAUAAGAACUCUAUGUGAAUGUUUAAUGAUAUAAAAAUAGAUGUAAAAAGCCACAGAUAAUGUGCUAGACAGUUACAUGUCUGCAUGCAGUGUACUUUCAAUUAUGUUGGCUAAUGCCGGGAAAACAGGUCAUGGAUAACUGAAAAAUACCAAACUAUUAGUUUUCAUGCAUAUUGUAAACGUUUAUUUCUUAAAAAAAAAAAAAAAAAA